UUGUUGAUGUAUAUGGAAUGGAUCCUGAACUCCUUAGCAUGGUACCAAGACCAGUAUGUGCAGUAUUACUUCUCUUCCCUAUUACAGAAAAGUAUGAAGUAUUCAGAACAGAAGAGGAGGAAAAAAUAAAAUCUCAGGGACAAGAUGUUAAAUCGUCAGUAUAUUUCAUGAAGCAAACAAUCAGCAAUGCCUGUGGAACAAUUGGACUGAUCCAUGCUAUUGCCAACAAUAAAGACAAGAUGCAUUUUGAAUCUGGAUCAACCUUGAAGAAAUUCCUAGAGGAGUCUGUGUCAAUGAGCCCUGAAGAACGAGCCAGAUACCUGGAGAACUAUGACGCUAUUCGAGUUACUCAGGAGACCAGUGCCCAUGAAGGUCAGACUGAGGCACCAAAUAUAGAUGAAAAAGUAGACCUUCAUUUUAUUGCAUUAGUUCAUGUAGAUAGGCAUCUCUAUGAAUUAGAUGGACGGAAACCAUUUCCAAUUAACCAUGGUAAAACUAGUGAUGAAGCCGAAACCGUUGCUCUUCAGCCGCGCGGAAAAGCGGAGGGGGGAGGGGGGGGCGCGGGGGGCAGGCUGCGUGGCUCCGGGGCCGCUCGGCACUGCCGCUGGAAGUCCGUGGGUGCGCACCCCGCUGCAGCCCCCAGCCAGCCCGACGGGAACCGCACCCGUACCUACCGGCGUUACAGGGUCAAGGGGACCGGAGGCCGCUGA